AUGGAUUUUCAACAAAUGUCAGAGUGUUUUCGAAAUAUGAAUUUUUUGAAUGAUAAAUUCACCGAUACACGAAUUCCAUCUGCAUUAAGCAAUGAAGAAAAUAAAUUAUUAGAAGAAAGUGUUGAAACUAAAAUGAAAGAUCUAUCAUCGUUACAGUUAGAUAUCGUUGAAAACAUGGAUCGAAUUCAAAUGAUUGAUGAUCAUCAAAAAUUAGUUCAAGAUGAACUUGCAACUAUACAGAGAUUACUAGCAGCACGUCGAAGAGAAGAAACAACUGAACAAACACAUAUAGAUCUUGAUACCGUAGAAAUACAGCGUACCGAACGAUUAAUAAUAGCAAUGGACAAUCAUUUGAUGCAAGUUCGAAAACGACAAACAAAUUUUGAGAUAGAAAUAAAUGAAAUGUAUAUGCAAAUAGACAAAAUAAAUGAUGAAACAUUAAAUGAAAAGGAUACAUUAGAAACGUACGUCGAUUUUAUGAAGAAAAAUGAUGAUGAUACUUUUUGUUUAAUGAAAUAUACACUGCAAGAUAAUAUUCGUAUAAAAGAAUUAACAGCCCAAUUGGAGCAAUAUUCCGGAAAAUCCAUUAAACUAAAACGUGUUACUGAAGAAGGACGACUUGAAUACUAUAGUUUUCAAGUUGAAUUAGACAAAAUAGCUGAUACAUUUCGUCGUUCCUAUGCGCACCGCCAACAACUUAUUCAACGAUGGGAAACAAUGCUUGUACAAAUGCAACGAAAAGAUUAUGAUAUAGACAAAUUGGCGAUGAAAUUUGUUCAAACCAAAGUUCAAGCACGUGCUAAAGAACAAGAAUUAAGCGAACAAAAACUAUUCUAUGAACGUGAACAAAAAGAUAAUAUUGUUACUGAAAAGUUGAUUGAUUUAGCCAAUAGAAAACUUAUAAAAUUAAAAGCUAAACAAACGAGAAGUAAAGUAAAACAAGAACAGUUACAAGCAGAUGUUUUUUCAUUGAAAACUGUUCUUGUCAAUACGCAAAAUGAAUUCCAACGUGAGCAUACAUCUAUCAAUGAAAUAAAAGUCAACAUCAGAAUAAAACAACAAGCACUUGAAAAACUUAAAAAACGUCAUGAACAAAUGCUAGAUCGAAAAUAUUCUAUUCUUAAUGAAAAGUUUUCAACCGAUGAAAAAUUAGUUAAAUUUGAAAAACUAAUGGAAAGCGAACAAAAAUAUCAAACUAAUCUAAAUGAUCAAUACAAAAAAUUAUCGGAAAUAUCGUUUCAAUCAAAUAAUAAAUUAUUAUUCAUACGUAAACAUGAAAAACAAUAUGAAAUCGAUAUUCAAGCAUAUCAAAAUCAAAUACAUAAUAUGAAAAAUCUAAUAAAUCAAUUAGAUCAACAAUUAUUAAAACAACAAGAAUUAAUUUAUCAUCAAGAUUUUAUUAAGCAAACAGUUGAUCGUCGUCUUAAUCGGUUAUUGGGUGAAAAAACCAAUGAAAAAAACUCGGAAAUCGAUCUUAAAAUUCGCGAAUUACAAAAUGAAAAUAAUAAGAAAAAAUAUGAAUACGAUCAAUUACAAAAUCAAAUUAAAAUUCUAAAUGAAGAAUUACGAAUAGUCAAACGUGAUUUCGAUCAAUUAAUGAUAGAAAAAAAUGAUUUGAGUGAAAAGUUUCUUCAAUUUGACCUGUAUACUACUUUAAGUGAUAAGUUAAUCAAAAAAUUAAAUGAUGAAAAAGAGGAUUAUCUAGUUGAAGAAAAUCUUCUUCAUAUUGAAUUAAAACGAUUGAAAAAUAUUCUAUUUGAUUCAAGUGAAAUAAAUUUGACCUUAGAACAACAAAAAAUUGAAUUACACAAGGCGAUUAAAGAACGCCGCAUAGAAGUACAAACAAAUAGCGUUUUGUUUCGCAUGCGCUUCAAUGAUGAACGAACUAAGAGAGAUAGUAUCUCAACUGAACUUGCUUUGCGUAUAACUAAAGUAGCUAAAUUAAAGCAACGAUAUGAAGUUUAUGCUAUAACGUUAAAUACAGACACAUCCAAUGAAGACAAUGCUUUAGCACAAGCUCAAUAUGUUAUUAAGUCUGCACAAAGCAAAGAAGAUUUAUUACAACAAGGUGAUCAAUUAGAAGCACUUAUUAUUAAAGCUGAAACAGAAUUACGUGCUCUUGAAAAUACAGUACAAAUUUUAAAAUGGAAUAAUACCGAUGUGAAAAAUAACUUUGAAAAAUUGAAUGAAUCUAGCCCAGAAAUAAAUGAAAUGAAAGAACUUGAAGAACAUUUACGUGCUGUGACAGAACAAGUUAAAACUCGCCGAAAAUUACUAAAACAUUUUAGUGAAUAUCGUGAUUCAAUAGCUCAUACUGAUUUGGCGGUGUUUGAAGAAGAAAUAGAACGAACCAAAAUAGAUAUUAAAAAGAAACAUCAGAUAGAAAUCAAACUUCAAGAUGAACUUCAAGAAUAUCUUGUUAAAAUUAAUCGUGCUGAUCAAAAUAUCAAACGUUUACAACAAACUAUUCGACGACAACAAGAUAUUAUACAAUAUGAACUUGAUAUUGAUGUUCGCUUACAAAAUGAGACUUAUAAAAAAAUUGAACAACAACUUCUAUCUCUAUGCUUGACUAUAAACGAUGAAAGUCUCGAUGAUAUUGUUGAAAAACUAUCCACUGAUCAAUCUUUUAAAAUUGCCAUCAAACCAUCACUGACACCACCGAAAAAACAACACGAUAGGCCUGAAAAAAAAUCUACAUCAUCAUUAUCUAAUAUAAAUAUUGUAAAUAUUUCUAUUGAUAAUAAUUCAAGAUCAACGACAAGCCAAUCAACAAGAUCAUCAACGAAGAAUCGAUAA